AUGAUCGCGUCCAGAGUGAAGCUCGGUCGCUCGACAAUCGAAAUCUACAACCCCCUGCUAGCGCCAUUUAGGGCCGAGAAAUAUCGAGACAUGGACGACAACUCCCCAGCAGCAUCAACAACACAAUCAAUGUCAAUGGAGCUUCGAAGGGCCGCUGACGCGCUGCUGCGCUCGCAAUCAUCUCCUCUAGCUGCAUUUCUCUCUCCAGCGGCGAACGUUCGAUGGACGAACAGCGUGCAAUUGGGAUACAGGGGAUGUUCGAACAGGCAGAUUCAACGAUCGUUCACAAAUAGCGUUCAGAGAGAGGCUAUUCGACCAACGGCGACUACGACACCAGCUUCUUCGCCCUCUCCCGAAGCUUCGACCCCAAAGUCCAAUUCAGCUGAGUCUCAACCAGCAAUGGAAGAACAAGCUAGAAAUCUAGGAUGGACUGCACGCUCCCGAGCUGCCAGUCCAGUCCCCACUCUCACGCCAGAGAGAGAGCGUGUCAUGAACAAUGGAAGCAGCGCAAGUGAUCUUCUAGCAACACUUGUGAAGAGCCGGUCUCCUUCAACGAUGGAUAUCAACCGCAUGCAAGACAUCAACCCACUCCGAAGGUCUGGCUUGGGAACCUCUCAAUCUAUCAGCGACAGCCUCGGAGUUUACAAACCGCCUCGCAAGCCGCUGCUUCUGAACGCGAGUACAGGGAGGAGUGUCACGAUUGGUCAUUCGGGGAUUGAUGUUGCCAAGGGGUUUCGAUUGAUGGAGAAUAGCUGUGCGAGGAAUAAAGUCAAGAGGGAAUCCAUGAAACAGAGGUUUCACGAGAGAGGAGGUUUGAAGAGGAAGAGGCUACGGAGAGAGAGAUGGAGGACGAGGUUUAUGGAAGGCUUCAAGGCUACGAUUUCGAGGGUGAAGCAAUUGAAACAUCAAGGAUGGUAG